UUGUGAGCGGCCGAGGCCGGGGCCAGACCGGGCCGCGUCAAGAAAGAGGGCACCAUGGCCGCCCUCCUGCUGCUGCCCCUGCUGCUGCUGCUGCCCCUGCUGCUGCUCAAGCUGCCCCUCUGGCCGCAGUUGCGCUGGCUCGCCGCAGACUUGGCCUUCACCGUGCGUGCACUACGAUGCAAACAGGCCCUCCGAGCGCGCGCUCUGGCUGCUGCUGCCGCCGACCCGGAAGGUCCCGAAGGAGGCUGCAGCCUGGCUUGGCGCCUCGCGCAACUGGCCCGGGAGCGCCCCGCGCACACUUUCCUAGUUCAUGGCGCGCGGCGCUUCAGCUACGCGCAGGCGGAGCGCCAGAGCAACCGGGUAGCGCGCGCCUUCUUGCGCGCGCGGGGCUGGAACGCGGGGCCCCGAGGCGUCGAGGGAAGCGGCGAGGAGGACGAGCAGGCGGCACCCCGCGCUGGGGACAGGGAGGCCGAAAGCGGCGGGGCUCGGGCAGAGGGGGAAGGGUAUGGUUCGGCCAGAGCUGCAGAAGCCGCGACCCCUCUGGCGCCCGGAGCCACCGUGGCGCUGCUCCUCCCCGCCAGCCCCGAGUUCCUGUGGCUCUGGUUCGGGUUGGCCAAGGCCGGCCUGCGCACAGCCUUUGUGCCCACCGCGCUGCGCCGGGGUCCCCUACUGCACUGCCUCCGCAGCUGCGGCGCGCGCGCGCUGGUGGUGGCGCCAGAGUUUCUGGAAUCCCUGGAGCCCGACCUGCCGGCUCUGAGAGCCAUGGGGCUUCACCUGUGGGCUACGGGCCCUGAAACCCACCCCGCUGGAACCAGCGAUUUGCUGGCUGAGGCAUCAGCUGAAGAGGAUGGCCCCCUUCCAGGGUACCUGUCUGCCCCGCAGAACAUGACGGACACGUGUCUGUACAUCUUCACUUCUGGCACCACAGGCCUCCCCAAGGCUGCCCGCAUCAGUCACCUGAAGAUCCUGCAGUGCCAAGGGUUCUACCAGCUGUGUGGUGCCCACCCAGAGGAUGUGAUCUACCUGGCCCUUCCUCUCUACCACAUGUCUGGCUCCCUGUUGGGCAUCGUGGGCUGCCUGGGUAUUGGGGCCACAGUGGUGCUGAAGUCCAAGUUUUCGGCUGGUCAGUUCUGGGAGGACUGCCAGCAGCACAAGGUGACGGUGUUCCAGUACAUCGGGGAAUUAUGCCGGUACCUUGUCAACCAGCCCCCGAACAAGGCAGAACAGGGACACAAGGUCCGCCUGGCAGUGGGCAGUGGGCUGCGCCCCGACACCUGGGAGCGGUUCCUGCGGCGCUUCGGGCCCCUGCAGGUGCUGGAGACAUAUGGACUGACAGAGGGCAACGUGGCCACUUUCAACUACACAGGACAGCGGGGUGCUGUGGGACGGGCUUCCUGGCUUUACAAGCAUGUCUUCCCCUUCUCUUUGAUUCGCUGUGAUGUGACCACAGGGGAGCCGAUUCGGGACACCCAGGGGCACUGUGUGGCCACGUCUCCAGGUGAGCCCGGGCUGAUGGUGGCCCCCGUGAGCCAGCAGUCCCCAUUCCUGGGCUACGCCGGGGGGUCGGAGCUGGCCCACGGAAAGCUGCUCAAGGACGUCUUCCGGCCUGGGGACGUGUUCUUCAACACCGGGGACCUGCUGGUCUGUGACACCCAAGGCUUUCUUCGCUUCCACGAUCGGACCGGAGACACCUUCAGGUGGAAGGGGGAGAACGUGGCCACCACAGAGGUGGCGGAGGUCCUGGAGGCCCUGGAUUUUCUUCAGGAGGUGAACGUGUAUGGAGUCACCGUGCCAGGACACGAAGGUCGGGCUGGAAUGGCGGCCCUGGUUCUGCGCGCCCCCCACUCUCUGGACCUUGUGCAGCUCUUCACCCACGUUUGUGAGAAUUUGCCGCCUUAUGCCCGACCUCGAUUCCUAAGGCUCCAGGAGUCUCUGGCCACCACAGAGACCUUCAAGCAGCAGAAGGUUCGGAUGGCAAAGGAGGGCUUUGACCCAGGGGCACUGUCGGACCCGCUGUACGUCCUGGACCAGGCGGGGGCUGCCUACCUGCCCCUCACAGCUGCCCGGUACAGCGCCCUCCUGGCCGGGGAGCUGCGCAUCUGAGAGUCCUCACCGCCAGCGCAAUUCGGGGAAGGGUUUGGGGGGGCUUUUACAGGGGUACAGCAGCAGUCAGGGGUCUUUUCUAUACCAGAUUUGUGAUCACUGCCUUGUAAUAAAUGGGGCCAGAGCUAGUGUGGCUG